UCACCUGAACUUCAACAUAUUCUCGACAUUUCUCACCCUUUCUGGUCUUUUUCUCAAACAUCUACUUCACCCUUCACUCUUAUCGACUUCAUAAAAGGAAUCAUUAUCUUCAUCUUCAUCAUGAUUUUUUCAUGUUUUUGCCUUAAUAAAAGACGGCAAAAUAAAAUUAUUAUUCAACAAGUUGAUCAUAGUCGAGUUAAUAUUGACAAUAGUCGAGUUAAUAAUGACAAUAGUCGAGUUAAUAUUGACAAUAGUCGACUUCAUAUUGACAAUAGUCGACCUUAUAUUGACAAUAGUCGACCUUAUAUUGAUCAUAGUCGACCAUAUAUCGAUAAUAGUCGAGUUAAUGUUGAUAAUAGAGUUAACAACAGUUAUAUUGAUAAUAGUCGACAUCAUGUUGAUAAUAGAAUUAAUAUUGAUAAUAGUCGACAUCAUGUUGAUAAUAGAAUUAAUAUUGAUAAUAGUCGACCUUAUAUUGAUAAUAGUCGACCUUAUAUUGAUAAUAGUCGACCUUAUAUUGAUAAUAGUCGACAUAAUAUUGAUAAUAGUCGACAUAAUAUUGAUAAUAGUCGACAUAAUAUUAAUAUUGAUAAUAGUCGACCUUAUUUUGACAGAAGACAAACUCAGCAUCUUAAUGAUAAUAGUCGACCUUAUAUUGAUAAUAGUCAACCUUAUUUUGACAGAAGACAAACUAACAUUAAUUAUAAUAAUAAUGGUCAAGGUCCAACAAAUCAUGGGCGAGAGUUUAAAGCUGAUGGAUCAAAACACGGUGGUCUUCAUGGUCAAGAAUUUAUGCCAAACUAA